AAAAAAAUAUUUUCAAAACUACUAUUAAAACAGUCUUAAAUCAUUUCUUUCAAUUUUAAUGAGUACAUAAAAAGACUGCAAUAGUUAAAUUAUAGUAUAAGAGUAUCCGAAUUUCUUGAACAAAUAUUAUCGAACUCGAUAACAAUACAGUCACCAAUCAUUACCCUAUAGGUACCACAGCUAUUUUUUAUUAGUAUCCAAUCACUCUCUGUAUACACCCUGUUAUUGCCUUCUAUGUAAUGGACUGAGGUUCCACUAUGGUAUCAACAAUGAAAGUGGAUCGAUAGUAUAUGUAAAAUUUCCCUGGAGCUCUAUCCUCACCACCAACGUCAUCGUCAUCAUUCUUUCUUACCACUAUUUUCUUUCUAUCAUGGCGUUAUCCCUCACUGCUGUUAGCCACUUCUCACUCAUACGGUAUAGUCAGUUCGUCCACUCUGUUCAAUGAGUUCGGAGACUGCGCCUUGCCUUUCUGUUCCUACCUUACGUGAUAGAGAACCUCUCCUGGGUUUGAGUCAACCUUGUUGUUUCGUUGAUAACUUGAUGAUGUGUCAAUAGUGAAAAUUAUGGGAGAGAGUGAAGGACUGCCAGAGAAAAAAAUGACAACGAGAUCGAAGGAGAAGGUGGUGGCUGCCUUUAGAAAGCUAUUCCGCUCCUCGGAGAAGAUAACUGAUCAGGAUGGAGCAGGAACGUCCACUAGUUCACCUUCUAGACGACUAUUAAGCCGUCAUCAUAGACCGGAUGCUGUGACACCAUCAGAAAGUACUCUGCAAGAGAAUCCAGGGACUAGUCAUACUGGCAACUGUUUCUUUAAGACGAAAAAGUCUACCGAAAAUUGCUCACAGUCGAUGGGAAUGCCUGAACGUGGUGUUCGACUCCGCAGAUUGAUGAAGGAACUGGCAGAAAUUCAACGGAUUCAACACAAACAUGAUUCAACUUUCAGCGCUGAACUUGUUAACGACAAUCUCUUUGAAUGGCACGUUAGGCUACACAAAAUCGACCCGGAGAGCGAACUCGCGGCUGAUAUGAGAGAAUUGGAAAUACCUCAUAUCCUUCUUCAUGUCAUUUUCCCAGAGAACUUUCCAUUUGCACCGCCAUUUAUGAGAGUAAUAUCACCCAGGAUCGAGAAGGGUUUCGUUAUGGAGGGUGGUGCAAUUUGUAUGGAACUACUGACUCCUAGAGGAUGGGCCAGUGCCUAUACUAUUGAGGCUGUGAUCACUCAGUUUGCUGCUAGUAUCGUCAAGGGUCAAGGACGUGUGGCAAGAAAACCAAAAAUGAACAAGGAGUUUAAUCGUCGCUCUGCUGAGGAAUCCUUUAGGAGCUUGGUGAAGACGCACGAGAAGUAUGGCUGGGUAACGCCGCCAUUAGCCGAAGGCUGAUUUGGGUAUCUAUAGUACAUUUUAUUUAGUCCUUUGUUUUCCUCUCAUUGUUGCUGGUGUUUUUGUAACGUGUGUCUUUUCGUGUCGAAACGAAUUGCGUUUCGUUCGAAGCCUUUUUACCGUGAUACGUUGUUACUUAAUCGGAAAAUUAGGUAUGAUAUGUUAUAGUGUAUACAGACAUAUUGAUUACUUGAUGGGAGGCUACACGUGAAGCGGAUACGCACAGAAAUUCGCAUUACAAAUAUUUACGCAUUUUUUUAGGUUAUAUACUAUAAUUUCUGAUAUUACAUCGUUCUUUCGGAUAUCAUAUUGGGCUUUUUGGCUUCACGUGCUGCUUCUUGCUGAUGUAUAUCGUAGAAACAUACCUGUCGAGUAUUUAAGAUUUGUAAUGUGGAAAUGAUGUGGAAACUAAGUGGUAAUAACUCUCAUAAAUGGUGGAAAAUAAGCAAGAAAAAUCGAUUGCGCUCAGACUUUUACGAGUUGAAAAAAAUACAAGAAACAACGUACAAAGUGAAAUUUAGAAUUCGUAAGAUGUGAUGUUUGGCCCUCGAAUAGUGGCUCCUAUUAUGAGAAUCACGACAUUCGAAAUUAACAUCUUAUAUAAUUGGAUGGUUUUUAUUGUUCACUAGUAUUUUGGUUGCCGAGCAUUCUUUCAGAUCACUGAGGUGCGUUCAGAAGCCUUACUCCUAGUAAUUUUAACAUGUUGCAUUUUUUUUAAUAGCGUUAUUAUACGAAAGAUAGAACAAUACCAGAGUACACGCUACUAAAGUUUCUGAACGUACCCCUGACGUUGCACUAGGAUUAGAUUUUGCAUUUCAAAAAUGAGAAAAAAUCGUUCUUGAGGGCUAAGGUCAAUUAGCACAGUAAGGAAAAUGAUAAAAAGGAACGAAAAAAUACACAAUCGAAAUUCA